AUGGCUCCUAGGAAAAAACCACCACCGACUUAUGAUGAGAUGUUUGGCGACGGUGUCGGGACAUCUUCUUCCGGCGGCCGAACAUCUUCUGAUGCCGUUCCGGACUCUCAGACAUCUCAGAGAGUUUGGAGUCCUCCUCCUCCCGCACCUCAGAUGGCUCCACCUCCACCUCCUCCACUAGCAGCUCCGCAGCAGCCCGUCCCAGAAGCAGGUGUUCAUCCAGACUUGCGGGUGCCUCCUCAUGCACCAGAGUUUGGAUGUUUUUUCGACCCCGAUAGACCGCCGGGUACUUAUUGGUUUGGGGCCAACAACCGUGUUUCCCGGAGCGUUUCACAGACGAUAAAGGGAUACUUAGACGGAGCUUAUCCAAACUGGAGCUUGACUCCAGAUCACGUCAAGACCACUUGGUUUAAACAGUUUACGGUGGCACUGGUCCUUAGGAAUCACCGAAAGGGUGAAGAAGGAAUUCGAGGCAAAGGCAAGACCCGCCUUACCAACACGGUCUCAGAUUGGAAGGACAAGUGGGAGAUCUACGGCUAUGACGGGAAGCCCACUGGGGUCACCAAGGAUGUAUGGGAAGGCCUCAUCGCCUUUUGGAAGCAAACCAGCUCGAUCCGGAAGGCCAACUCCUGCUCUGCUUCCCGUAGGACCAAGGAUAAAGACGGGAAUUUGCAUAUGGUUCAUAGAACCGGGCAAAAACCUCAUGCCGGGAUCCGUCUCGAAGUUUUUGAGAAGACCAGAGUUUUGUCAUCUUUGUCCGACAUCUUCAAGAUGACUCACGCCACACCGGACGGAACUUUUGUUGAUCCUACAUCCGAGAAGCUCUUCAACAGUGUGGCUGCUCGGAUUGAAGAGCGGGAGACGCAACUCACCCAGCAGUCUCCAGAUGGGUUACCCGUCAAAUUGUCGACGGAAGAGGUCGACAGGAUCUUCGAAGAAGUCGCUCCAAGAAAGAAGGGACGGACGGUGGGAAUAGGUUCUGUUAACGAAGCCGCAAGGGCGACUUCGUCAAACUCUUCAAGACGGGACCAAGAGACUUCUCAGAUGCAAGCUCGAUUGGAUAGCCAGCAGGAGCGUUUGGACUCUCUCGAGAACCUAUUGGAUGUUAUGACGGUGGGAAACCCAAACAUGCAGAGAGCGUUGGCGGCCAGACGAGAAGCUCUCGGGAUGCAACAACGGGACUCCGAAUUUACCGAUCCAGCGGGACCGACUACUUCGAUGAUGUAA